UUUAUAUAAACAGAAAUAAUAAAUGUCUAAUGUGCGAAAAUGUCUAAUUGAUUAACUCCCUUGGCCAAUUGUAUUCUCAAUGCGAUUAGACUUGAUAUUUUGAUGUGCCUUGACAUAAUGCAGGGUACCACAAGGUCGACCCGUCGAGGUUGUUGUCAAUUUUCCCGUUUGAGCUGCGCAGUCGCUGCUGGUAUAUAAAUUUUGACAAAAGAAAGACUUCGAUUUAAACCAAUUUUGGCAAUGCGCGCGGCCAUUAAGUGACAGCGCGAGAUCAGAGCAGCAGAAGCACCAGUUAUCAAUAUCGAGCCAAGCUAACCAUACCGACAGCCAGCAGAUACCCAAGCGCAGUUGUGGAUUCCGUGAUGCUACCGAAGGUGAUUCCAGCUUUGCGUCUGGCGCUGCUGCUGCCGGCGAUGGCGGCGGCCUUUGGCAACGAAUAUGUGCACAUAAAGGUGCAUGUGCCCAAGGAUCAGGCGCCGAGUAUUGCCAUCGAUGCGGAGCAGCCGCCGCAGCACAAGGUCAUCCAUCACUAUCACCACCAUGCGGCGCCGCAACUGAGAUUGCGCGCACGCCCACCACCAAAGCCCAAGACAAGCCCGCUGCUGGAGAGCGUCAUCUUGUCCGAUCUUGACAAGCCGCUGCACAUGAGCGAGCACGCGGACUAUCUGAACCAUGCAAAGGAGCUGGCCGAGCAUCUCAGCGAAACAUAUGUGAUCAAGAAGCCGCCACUGCCGCCAAAGAAGAAGGUGAACACCUACACGAUCAUCGAGGAGAAGCACCGGCCGACUAGUUACGACUACGAGUCGCGGCCAGAGCACGGCGUGGACACGUAUCGGGUGCAGCAUCAUCAUCACAAGCACCAGCAACAUCAGCUCGCCGUAGACGACAAUGACGACGAUGUGGGCUAUCACUAUCCCGGCCCAGUGCACCAGCAUCGCCAUAAAGGCUCCUCCUCAUUGUACCAUGGCGGCGGCUAUGCGGAGCCAGCGCCGGUGGAGGAGCCUAUGGAUUUAGAUCAGGGCUAUAGCUAUUCGCCGCCCCUCUAUGCCCAUGGCCGACCGCCUACCCAUACACUGGAGGCUCCCGAAGAGUCAUCUCUGGACAGCCCGUAUCCAUAUGACUUUAGCAGCAGAAGCGCCACCAGCAGCAGCAGCAGCAGCAGUAGCUUCCGGCCAUCCCAGCAGCUGAGCACACAGCCAGAUGCCUACGAAGACGAGACUGAUUCCUAUGCCGCGCCGAUCCAGUCGCGUCGUCGUCGUCCCGGCCCCGUCGAGUGGCCCGGCCACCGCGGAUAUAACAGCGCUGCCGCCGAGACAUAUGCCGGCGCGGACAGCUACAAUGCUGGGCCCGGCAGCACCGGAUAUCAGUAUACCGGGCCCUACCUGUAGUCGUGAUUCUUGAAACUUGCUUUAAGGCCUAU